UCAUCCACCUUUUCACCAUGACAGAAUUGCCCUUCUCUUCUUCCUAUUGACUUGUCUCUAUUUCACAAUCCCCCAAAAGAUUCAGACUUUCAGCUGCAGAACAAAGAGAUAACUCCAUAGAUAUACGGCCAAUGCCUUUCCUUUGAUUCCUUUCAUCAAAAGUAAAAUGGGGUUUGUUUAAUAUUAGUGAGUAGAACAGCAAAAUGGGUGAAGAAGAGAAAGCAAGGCAAGUUAUGGAGGAUAUAUCUUCUUUGAUUUCUCUUUCUCAUUCAAUCAAAGUUUUCAAUGUUAAAUGGCAAGUUAUUCGAAAGAAGCUUGAGGAGUUGAGUUAUGGGUUGAUGGCCAUUGAAACCUCUGGCUCAAGCUGUGAUUUUUCUUCCAUUUUGGUCACUGUAAACGAAUGUUAUGAUCUCGCAAGAAGAUGUGUCGAACUUUCUUAUAACGGGAAGCUCUUGAUGCAAAGCGACCUUGAUGUCAUCGUUGCGAAAUUCGAUUCGCAUGUGAAGAAUAUUUCUGGGAUUUACGCUGCUGGGAUUUUGAGCAGUGGUUUCGCCAUUGUUGUUUCAAAACCAGGCCUUGGUGCUUGCAAAGAAGACAUGAGGUUCUAUGUAAGGGAUUUGUUGACAAGGAUAAAGAUUGGUGAUACAGAGAUGAAAAGGCAAGCUUUGGGUAGUUUAUAUCAAGCAAUGGCUGAUGAUGAAAGGUAUGUUAAAAUCGUGGUUGAAAAUAGUGAAUUUUUGUAUGUUUUAAUGGAGUCUCUUGAUUCAUCGGAGAUGGAGAUCCAAGAACAGGCUUCAAAGAUUGUGUUUUUAAUCUCUGGGUUUGAUUUGUGUAAAGGGUUUUUAGUUAGAGCUGGGAUUAUCGGGAAUUUGAUUAGGGUUCUUGAAAAUGGUAGUGAUUUGGGUAAAGAAGAUGCUGCAAAGUGUCUUCAAAAGUUGACUGUUAAUGCAGACAAUGCGUGGUCUGUUUCGGCUCAUGGUGGGGUGACUGCUUUGUUGAAAAUUUGUUCCAAUGGUGAUUCCGGUGGCGAAUUGAUCCGUCCGGCUUGCGGAGUGUUGAGAAAUCUCAUCGGCAUCGAAGAAAUCAAGAGGUUCAUGGUUGAGGGAGGAGCGAUAUCGACGUUCAUCGAGCUCGCAAGAUCGAAAGACGACAUUGUGCAGAUAAAUUCAAUAGAGUUCCUUCAAAACAUAGCUUCUGGCGACGAAUCGGUUCGUGAAACGGUCGUCGGCGAAGGAGGGAUCGGCGUGUUGGUACACCAUUUGGAUCCGAAAUCAGCUACCUGUUCGAAAACAAGAGAAGUAUCAUUAAGGGCAAUUGAGAAUCUAUGUUUUUCAUCACGAAACAGCAUCGAUGUGUUGAUGGAUCACGGUUUCAUCGAUCGAUUGUUGUUGUUCUUAUGCAACGGCGAAGUUUCGGUUCAAGAAUCGGCACUAAAGGUGACAUCUAGGCUUUGUGGUGCAUCAGAAGAAGCUAAGAAAUCAAUGGGGGAUGCCGGUUUCAUGCCCGAGCUCAUGAAAUUGCUCGAUGCAAAGUCACACGAAGUGCGCAGGGUGGCAACUGAGGCACUCUCGAGCUUGGUCUCGGUUUCCAAAAACCGAAAACGAUUCGUCCAAGAUGAUCAGAACAUAGGGUUCCUUCUUCAAUUGCUUGAUCAAGAGGAAGGCAUUUCAGGUAGUAACAGAAAGCUAUUGCUAUCUAUAUUAAUGUCAUUGACAAAUUGCAAGAGUGGGAGAAGAAAAAUUGCAAGUUCUGGUUACCUAAAGAACAUAGAGAAACUUGCUGAAGCUGAAGUUUGUGAUGCCAAAAGACUUGUAAGGAAAUUAUCUGCCAAUAGAUUUCGUGGUAUGUUGAGUGGAUUCUGGCAUUAUAAAAUGUUGUAAUUUUUUUAUAUAGACCAAGAAUUGUAAAUGUCUGUUUAAGAGGAUGGCUCUCUCAAUACAGUUUAUUUAAUUUACAAUAUCAAAAUUUUAAAUUUCUAAUCUUA